CGGAUGUCGGGCGGAUAUCGGCCACCGAGCUCCACGAUACAUCAAUGUCUCCGAGCCCUAGUACACCCCGACCCCUGUCGAACUACAUAUAUGUGCGUCUAUAAAGAUUAAUAUACAAGACACUGUUCGAGGUAUAGCUGCACCACUUUCAGACGCUAAUUUCCGUCCCUAUGGCGCCAUCGGAGCAUGAACGUUUACACCUACUGCAGACAGAGGCCCGAACCUCCACAGCGGACAAAAUCGACUUUCUCGACACGCUUGGCCUCUGCGAAGCAUUCAAUAAAGAGGAGAGCCGAGUGGCAGGCUCUAUCGCAUCCUGUCUGUCGGACAUUGCUUCCUUAAUUGAUGAUGUAGUUCCGCGGCUCAGAGCUGGAGGCAGACUCAUCUAUGUCGGCGCCGGCAAUAGUGGCAGGGUCGGGUUCAUGGAUUGCAGUGAAUUGCCGGUAACAUUUUCGGCAGACCCCCAACAGUUCAUAACAAUCGUUGCAGGAGGCACUGAGGCUAUAAUCAAGGCUCAAGAAGGUGCUGAGGACAUGGAAAGUGAAGGAGCGUUGCGAAUGGAGGCCUUACAGCUCAGUAGGCCGGAAUCACAAACACACAUCCAUCCAGCAUUGCCAAACUCGGAGUCGACCACCUCAUCUGUGCUUUGGUUGGCCCUGAAUUCCUUUCGGGUAGCACUAGACUCAAAGCAGGCAGCGCUGAAGGGACUUAUGAUUGACGUUCGGGUAAAGAAUUGGAAACUAAAAGCGCGCGGAAGAAGAAUUGUGCGCCAAGCCUGCAACGGAGCCCCAAUGCACAUUAUAGACCAAAACGGACUACCCUCACCACAGGCGAUUGACAUUCCUGAAACAGUUGAAGGAGAUGCUGCCAUUGAUAUCCUGAUCGAGGGCUGUGGGGGCAGUGUCAAGCUAGCCUGCGCCGUGGCUAUUUCUGGCUAUCAUCCAGAUGUUGCCAGACAAAUGCUCGAGUCCGCAGGCGGAAGCUUCCAUGUUUUUGUCGAAGGGGUUAAAAAAGAAACUUCUCCAAAGCCCGUGACCCUCGAGGAAGGGCUAGAAUACUGCCUUUGUGUUGAUGGGGGCGGAACGAAUUGCACUGUCUCGAUCGCAACUCGGUCAGGGGUUAUAGGUCAAGGGAUAGCCGGUCCUUGCAAUUUCAACUCCGUCACCCUAGGAGCAAUCAUUAAUCAUAUAAAGCUGGCGACAGACCAGGCUUCAUCGAUGGCCUUCGCCAGGCAGGGCUUUGCCCUUCCCACAACACCAAAGUUCUCUAAGGUCUGGGUCGGAUUGGCCGGGCUGCACCAUGCGGAUCAAAUUGCAACCCUGACUCGCCGCCUCGAGGAGCUCUUUGGUGUGUCGACCCAUUGUGGAACCCUUCGCCUUACCAGUGAUGGCAUACUACUCGGCUCCUGUAUUGCCAUGGAUAAUUCUGUUGAAUUUGGAAUCUCAGUGGUCGCUGGAACAGGUUCUGUAGCAACAGCCUUCAAAAAGGGGCUUGCUGGCGAGAUAAUUCAGGUUGGCCGCACUGGAGGCUGGGGCUACCUGAUUGGGGAUCAAGGAAGCGCUUUUGACAUCGGAAAGCGCGCACUUCAACUUGUUUUAUCCAGCGUUGAGCAAAAGCAGUUCCAAGCUAAGCACGAACUCACAGAGUUCGAGAGGGUAAUCCUAAACGAGCUCAACUCUAACGAAGUAGGAGUUUUGAAAGGCAUAUAUCACUCAAAUGCCCAGCCUAAGGAAAAGGUAAGCAACAUUGCAAGGGUGGUCACAAAGCUAGGGUUCAGGGAACAGGAUCCUGAUCCACAAGCCCUUGAAAUCCUGACAUCCGCAGCCAAUUGUUUAGCCCAACAAAUCAAGCCGCUGGCUGAGAUCUGUGACCCAAGUAGAUGUGCACUCAUUCUGUCGGGAGCCUUGAUGAACCUUCCAGCCUAUCAAGAUCUGAUCUUGCGGGAGUGGGAUAGGCAACACCAACUAUCAUUUAAGAAGGUUUUGGUGGUCAAUGAUGCAUCAGUCUACGCAGCUCAGUUUUUAGCUAGACAGAAUACGAUAAUGGAGUGGACACGCGAAUGCGGUCUACUACCCAGCAGCAAGCCUGAAGAUCUGAACAGCGGCCAAACCUAAUUUCGCGACACAUUCAGAUGCUAGUUCCAGAAAAAGGCCAGUAGUUGUCAACUACGCCAGUUGCGAAAUAUAUCGGCAACAGUAUGCGAACCCUAGGAAGGCCAUGAUAGGCCUGGUUGCAGAGACUCCCAUAAUCCUGUGUAUUGGGGCAUAUCGGGCAAACCAGGCCACUAAAGGUGUGGUUGCAAGUCAGUGUACACACUAAGAGUCCUGAAGCGGCCCCAGCGAGGCCUACAUACUCAAUAGGGUGGCAUCAAGAUCGCACUUUUUUAGUGGGUUGGAGCCUUGUAUCCCCUAGAAGUUAAGGUCCAUGAAAUAUUGAGUUGCCUGCCAGACAUAGAUUUGAAGUGCAUCGGAUACAAGCAUGAUCGUGAG